UAGCCCCUUAGGGUUUUUUCUUUGCGAUGGAGAGGUUGAGAAGGGGGGCUGGGUUGGAGUGCUUCCUCCAUUUCUGCGUGGUUGAGGAGGAUGAAUUUGUGGCGCCAGAUGCGGAUGCAGUGAAGCAGCACCCUUCUUGCAGGUCCGUGGUUGUAAGGCCCGGCACGACUCUUCUUGAUGCCUUGAAGAAGAUACGCAAUGUUGGUCGAGUGGACGCCCUUGAUCCGGAAGCGGGCUGGAUGCAACUGGAGCCCGAGCUGCUGAGUGGCUUGUGCUUAGCCGGUGACACCUUCUAUCUGAAAUGCAUUCGCACUGCCUCAGUGCCUGCAGCACCUCCUCCGGUUGUAGCACAUGUUAGAUCCGGAAUGGAGUCUGAAGAUCCUACUUACAGCAUAAUCCAGCACUACCAGCUCAAGGAAUUACCUCCACUACAUCAGUUGGAGGAGUGGGUGGUUACAAAGCCAGACGGCCUCGUUUUUCCCAUAGCCGACAUUUUCUUCGAGGCGUUCAGAAGUGUGAAUUCUGAGAUUCGUCUUUUUGAACGGGAGCACGAUGGACUUUCCUGCACUUUACUCAGUUUAUUCCUGCGGCCAUUCCUUAUGCUUCCCCCGACUGGACACACGGAGGCCUCCUACAUACACUUCUGGGAGUCCCUCAUUUCCGACAUCAUUGGUCUUUUCUGCGUCAGGUCUGUGCUUACGGAUCGGGACACCAACUUGGAUUCCAACACAUCCGCCAAGCGACCGGACCGAUUGAUGUUUGUUGGCAACAUCCCAGUGGGACGGGCCGAAGAGAAGAGGCCUGGUAUUUCUGCUGCCAUACCACUUCAAGAGCUCAGGGACAAGACAGAGUGGAGGUACGGAGGCGUUCCCUACCUGUUGGCUUAUUCAGCAAUUGGUGGUAGCGUUACGUUUGUGGCACUUCAUUCAAGGGACCCGUCGACGCGGGAGGUCUUGACUAAACAGCUGGUAACCCUUGACCUGUUUCAACUACGCGAUCGUAUCCGGCUUCUCGUCGUCCUCUUCAACAUAGCCAGGUUGUUCCCCGUUUUAAGCAGGCUCUGCAUUGAGUACGACGUCGAGGCAGAUUAUUUACCAGCAACAACAUCCGGAGACAAAACCGUGCAGCUUCAGGCGAAGAAUGUCGUCAAGACGUAUAAGGAUUAUGAUACGUAUUGUACAGUCUUCAACAUCUACGAGGCUAUCAAGGAUGUUCCUCGAGUUGAGAUCUGUACAACCCAGAGAAUCAUUCAGGCUCGGAAGCGAAACAGGAGUUUGGACUACAGUUUAACUUUCGUACCCCGGGUGACGUUUCGUCAGAGAGCCAGGCCACUGAACAAUUUGUUGCCGGCUCUUGUUCAAGUAGCAAAAACGCUGAACGAGCUUCACAAUCGGGGCUGGGUUCAUAGGGAUGUCCACUGGAGAAAUAUUGGCAAGUUUGGCGGUGACUGGUAUCUGAUCGACUUCGAUGAAGCUGCUAUGGUUCCAUGCAUGGAGCCGCAUUUGCUUUGUGAAGAUGCGCAUGCACCUGAGAUGAGAACUGGGGAACAUGGCUAUCCAGUAGAUGUGUGGAGUAUUGGCCAUCUGAUUGCAACCAGCAAGGUGCGAUGUGAUGGUGGGUUGCUACAGUUGCAGGACGAAUGUUUGAGUGAGGAUCCCUCUUCAAGGCCUACCAUGCGACAGGUUCUUUACAGGCUUCAGGAGCUGCCUGCCCUUCUCGCGCUCAUGGGCAAGGUGUGAUCAACGAUGGCUUGCUGAAAGAGCUGAAGUCUGUGAAUCUUAAUCUGUGAUAAAAGCUCAGACAAUGUGACAUCUUCUUCAUCUGCUUCUUGUGAUCAGGUCCUUGUAAAACUGAUACGAGCAAGCGAAAGAUUCGUUUGUGCUGCC